UGACAUGCAGAGAGAGGAAGAGCAGACCUGCCUCAUAAGGAAGGUCCCUGUCUCGUUUAGGAAGGUACGGGGGCCACGCCACAUGUCCCCUUUCCCCUCAUGGAAAGCCUGACCAUCUUUGAACCGCCACUAUGCCUUGGCCAGCCAAAGUUGUCCGCCAAUUCGAAAAGGUCCCUGCCAACCCUUCCGAGGCCGACUUCCACGGUCCCUACAACAAGCUCCUGUACACCCUCUUUCCUCCGGACACCGAUUUUAUGGUUGAUUUCCAGUACGUGCGGGGGCCAUGGGAGGCAGCGGACCUUGUUUUCAUGUUCGAAGUCGUGUUCGAAGAUAAACCGGUCUUCAUACUGGAGCUGAAGCCACCCGGGCACCUUCGAUAUCCUUCCAUGCGCAAGGCUGCCGACCGACAGAUUCGAUCUCGCAUCAGGGAUCUGUGUGAUAACUGCCCUCUGCCUGUUCUCCACGCCGUCAGUGCAUUCGGGACCAGGCUCUGCUUCUAUAGGAAGCCUCAAGGUCGGGCCAUGGAGCCCCCCUCGAUUGCCGCCGAUCCUGAACUGGAGACGGACACGGCGCCGCGAGAACGCUGGGACUGUGAUAUCCUCGAGGAGGAAGGAGCGCGAAGAUUUCAAGCCGUGGUGGAAGAGAUAAAGCAGGCCUGUGCGGCUCUCUGAAGCAAUUGGUACGUUGUCGCUACGUCCAGUGUGAAGAACAAUGUCCUGUGCGAUCCAUGUACGAUACGAAAAUGUGGCGCAUAUUCUUCGCUGUUCGCGUUGAAGAUGCU